AUGACAGAAACAAUUGAUUCAGCUACUUCUAAACCAAAAAGUGAUUUGUAUGUCCAUGCCAGCCUUGACGCGGGCACUUCUCAGCAUUUGCAUGUUGGCGAUAAUAAUAAAUUUAGUGAUGACGCAGUCAUAACGGAUUGUUCUUUGCCUAGUUCUCCUUCACAGUAUUUUACGUGUUUGGUUGAAAUGACACAGGAAACGCCAGCUAUUAUUCCACAUGAACCAAUGCAAAUAGAUAACAAUGAUGAAUUUUCAAUUACAGAAUUUGCUCCGGCAAUUCUUACACCUGAGCAAACCGAUGGCAACCUUGUCCAAUAUAAGAAAAAUACGGGUGAUACUGAAAACCCGGUAAUAGCAGAAGAUAAAUACAAAGUAAAGCAGGAAUGGGUCAAGAGAAUGCGUGUUAAGUUUUGUGUUCAACCGGAAUUUGAAAUUACAAAGAAUAUGAUACAUCCCGAUGGAACAUUGAAUCAAGCCUACUUUCGGCCAACCCAAGGUGCAAUACUUAGUCAAAGUAAUGGACAACGUAAAUGGACCGAGAAAGAACGUUCAUUACUCAUUCAAGGGAUAGCAAAAUAUGGAAUUGGACAUUUUCGCGAAAUCUCAGACAAUUUAUUGCCGGGUUGGGGCGCACAAGAUCUACGCGUAAAAACAAUGCGUCUAAUGGGCCGCCAAAACCUGCAACUAUAUAAAGAUUGGAAAGGAAAUGAAGACGCGAUUCGAAAAGAGUACGAAAAAAAUAAAGAAAUUGGAGUAAAGACUGGAAUGUGGAAAGCUGGGACAUUAGUAUACGAUGAUGAUGGGUUGGUGGUUAAAAUGAUUAAAGAGUUGGAAAAGAAAAAGAGAAACAAAAGUCUGGCGGUGAGGGAUGAUGAUAAAGAGGAGGAAGAAAGGGAAGAGGAAACGUGA